CAACCACCUGAUCUCAGUCCUGAAACACAGAUCAUCAUCAUUCAUGGUCAUGGCUAUGGCAAACUCGGCAACGAUCCUGACCGUCGUCCUGGCUCUGAUCGGGCUAGCGCUCCUCCGCGCCGCAGCUCCGGCCUCCGCGCAGAACGACUGCGGCAGCUGCCCGCCAGGCUACUGCUGCAGCAAGUUCGGUUACUGCGGCACCAGCUUCGACUACUGCAAUGGCAACACGUGCCAGUCCGGCCCGUGCACGGCCGGGGGCGCCGGUAGCGGCGGCGCGAACGUGAGUGGCGUCGUCACCGACGCAUUUCUCAGCGGCAUCAAGUCCCAGGCCGGGAGCGGGUGCGAGGGCAGUAGCUUGAGCUUCUACUCGCGAAGGGCGUUCCUGAGCGCCGCCAGCUCGUACCCCGGCUUCGCCCGUGCCGGAUCGGAGGCCGACGGCAAGCGCGAGCUCGCCGCCUUCUUCGCGCACGUCACGCACGAGACCGGCCAUUUCUGCUACGUCAGCGAGGUCAACAAGAACAACAGCUACUGCAACUCGAGCAACACGCAGUGGCCGUGCGCCCCGGGGAAGAAGUACUACGGACGCGGCCCGCUGCAGGUCUCGUGGAACUACAACUACGGUCCCGCCGGGAGGAGCGUCGGCUUCGACGGGCUGGGGAACCCGGACAUGGUGGCGCAGGACCCCGUGGUCUCGUUCAAGACGGCGCUCUGGUUCUGGAUGAGCAACGCGCACCAGGUCAUGCCGCGGGGGUUCGGCGCCACUAUCCGUGCCAUCAACGGCGCCCUCGAGUGCAACGGCGAGAACCCCGCCGCCGUGAACGCGCGCGUGGGCUACUACAAGGAGUACUGCGAGCAGUUCGGCGUCGGCCCGGGGAACAACCUCACCUGCUAGGACCCUAUUCAAGUGUUGUGUUGGGUUCAUGCAUAUGCGGGCCUCAUUGGAAAACUCAGUCGGCUGUAGUGAAGCUCAGAGUUUGAGAGUACCUGUUUAUUGUAUACAAGAAAAAUGAAGCAGUUCCUAAU